CCUGAAGCCAAGCUGGUGCCAAAUGUUGGGCAUUUCCAUUUGGACCACAUUGGCAAAUUUCUUCAAAACAGCUCACACCCUGUUGCGUAUAAACAGGGAUUCUAGAGCAGCCUUUGUCCCUUUAUAAAUAACCUCUCCAUAGGAGAACUUGAUCGUUCAGAGUGAGCUGGAGCAACAACAAUGAAGAAGGCGUCUUAUCUUCUCUCCUUUUUGGGCGCGGUGAUCAUCUGCACGGAGAUAGCUCAUUCGAUUAUUUGUUUCACUUGCGAAAGGCAGACCUCUAAUUGGAAGUGCCUGCGAAUGACUGUUUGCCCUGACCAUGAAAAUAGGUGUCUAACAAUGAGAGAUGUUGACGAAACGGGUGACGAUGCCAAGGUUCUCAUCACCAAGAAGUGUGCCCAGGCAUGUCCCACCGAAAGCAACAAUUCAAUCACGGCACCCAAGUCUCUCUUCUGCUGCGAAAACAACUGGUGCAACCUGUGGCCUCCCAAGUGAAAAGGAUCUGGUCCAUGCUGAGUGGAAGUACAAAAGUUCAAGAACGAACCUGAAUCCCAACAUCUAAGAGCCUUGGGAGAUGACAAGGACCCCGAAAUCACGAUCAAUGUAGCUAAAUUUUGUGUAUCUGCCAUUAGACGUAGGAAACAAGAGCUUCUUAACGGCUGACCCUUUUAACGGCAACCAGUGGGGGGCAUGCCAACAUUUAAUCUUAAUUGCUGUUUUACUAGCACUGUAAUGCUCUUUGUAUCCCUCUUACGUUUUGCUAUGUGAUUUGUUGUAUAAGCUGGAGCUGGUCUGAGACCGUUUUAAUAAAUUAUUAUUAUGCUGAGUGGAAGGGCCAGUCUGGAAUGCCCUCGAAGUAAGCUGCUUUCUCUGGGCUCAGCUAUUGAAAGUAUAUUGAUCUCUUUUGUGAAAAAGAUGGUGGGAGCUCCCCCGAAACGGCUAUCCCAUGGCUGCAUUUUGACCCUGCAACAACAGGCAAGCAUUGGCCCCCUCCAGGCACCCUGUGUAUUCAAUUUUUUUCUUUACGUGAAAGGUUCUAACAAAAUAA